GUUAGUGUUAGUGGCACGCUUUUUCUGAGUCCCAACUUCUAAGUUAUCUAACGCACCACUUUCACCUUUUCUUCCCGUCGCCGGUUUCCGGCUAAACAUGUUUUGACGGCGCAUGAAUUCCGUCGAAUCAUGCGGCCGUGUCGUACCCAAGAUCCGCUCCUUCUCUUCACUUCCAGAUGAUUCUGUGUGUCUGAAGCUGGAAAUCAGAUAACGAAAGUUGCUGAUUUUCUAGUAUCUGGAAAUCCAAAUCUCUGUUGCUGAAUCGUUGGAUGCUGCAACUCUAUUUUUGGUUCUCUCUCUUUUUAUCCGAGGUUAUGGUUUUUCAGUUAAUAUACCAAUUGGAUGUAAGUGCCUUGAAGGGAUGAUUUUUUUAGUACAGGGUGAUUACAGAUAUUUAACUGAAGUCCCUAAAUUUGAUGGAAAGAAUACAGAGAUAGGGAUUGGUGGCAUGCCCAUGUUGGGAUGUAGGGUAUAGGGUGUUUAUGAAGGGACUGUGAAGAAUUUUGUUGGGUUACACUGAAGGUUUGUUGACAUGACAAAGAAAAUGCGUUUGGAUUGUUCCUUGCAGGAGGGGAAUGAAGAGAAAGUGGAUAGCUUUGUGGAAUUGGAUACAAGGGAAAGAGUGAAUGAUGGUUUUUCUAGAAUUGGACCAAAUGAUUCACUUCUUCCUGGUCUUAUUGAUGAUGUUGCACUGAAUUGUCUUGCUUGGGUUAGUAGAUCUGAUUAUGCUUCACUAGCAUGUAUAAAUAAAAGGUACAACUUGCUGAUUAGAAGCGGGUAUCUAUCCGGGUUGAGGAAAAAGUUGGGGAUUGUGGAGUUGGAGCAUUUGGUUUAUUUGGUUUGUGAUCCAAGAGGUUGGGAGGCUUUUGACCCUAAGAGAAAUAGAUGGAUAACAUUACCUAAGAUUCCUUGUGAUGAGUGUUUUAACCAUGCAGAUAAGGAGUCCUUGGCUGUGGGGAGUGAAUUGUUGGUUUUUGGUAGGGAAUUGAUGGAUUUUGCCAUUUGGAAGUACAGCUUGAUUUGUCGUGCUUGGGUGAAGUGUCAUGAGAUGAACCGACCUCGCUGCUUGUUCGGAUCUGGCAGUCUCGGUUCAAUUGCUAUUGUUGCUGGUGGAAGUGAUAAAUAUGGAAAUGUUCUAGAGUCUGCGGAGUUGUAUGACUCUUCUUCAGGUACAUGGGAACUGUUACCAAACAUGCAUACACCACGUAGAUUGUGCUCUGGUUUUUUUAUGGAUGGCAAAUUCUAUGUGAUUGGUGGCAUGUCAAGUCCUACUGUUUCAUUGACUUGUGGGGAGGAGUAUGAUCUUAAGACAAGAAAUUGGCGGAAGAUAGAGGGUAUGUAUCCAUAUGUUAAUGGGGCUGCUCAGGCACCUCCACUUGUGGCAGUUGUGGAUAAUCAGUUAUAUGCAGUUGAGCAUCUUACCAACAUGGUGAAGAGAUAUGAUAAGGAAAAGAACACCUGGAAUGAAUUGGGAAGGCUUCCAGUUCGGGCUGAUUCUUCUAAUGGAUGGGGCUUGGCUUUCAAGGCUUGUGGGAAGAAACUUCUGGUUGUGGGUGGACAAAGGGGUCCAGAAGGUGAAGCUAUUGUACUGAAUUCAUGGUGUCCUAGGGCAGGGGUCAGUAAUGGCACCAUUGAUUGGCAGGUACUUGGUGUGAAGGAGCAUGUUGGGGUGUUUGUGUACAAUUGUGCAGUUAUGGGUUGGUCUGGUGAGAUGCUUUUAGAUUGACUCAACAGAAUAUUUGCUGGUUAUCUACAAUCUGACAUAGCUUUCAGGGGUGCUUCUGUGUUGAUUCAUCUUAGUUAAUUGGUGAUGGGAUAGCUUUUCCUUGAUGAGAAUUUGGGUUUCUUCUUUCGACAUCUUAUUUGGAUGUGUCUCUCACUUUCAUGAUCCAUAAAUUUUAUUUGCUUUUGAGAUUACUUAGUAGGCUUACACAGAUAUGUUCUGUUAUCUUUUUCUUAUCCAACAAUGUAAACCAAUAAAUCAUGGAGUUUUAUUUUUUAAUGCUUCAAUGUUUAUGCUUUGGUCCUUUGUGUAGUGUAUGAUAUAUUGGUAUAUCUCUCAAAAUCUGUCCUUUGUGCAUGCCUAGUGCAAUAAUGUUUGUGUACGUGGUUUGAGGGAGAGGAGAGACUAUGAGUGCGUUUGGAUAACUGCCUUAUUCAAGCACUAAGCUCUUUUUAAAACAAUGAUUUAUGUCUUAAAUUUAACGAUGAAAUUAUUAGGAUAUGCUGAAAACAACUUAUUUUUAUUAGUAAUAUAAAAAAGCUUAUUAAAAUAAGCUGAAAAUAGUUUAAGAGUUUUUACUUAUUUUUCAUAAACUAUUCAUAAGCUUUUUUGUAAAUGGACCUAUAACUACUACACUAAGUUGAAGAGGAAGUAUGCUUCUCAUAUUAGGCCAAUAAUAUUAUUAUAUGGCACCAAAAGAAAGCGAGGUCCCCUCAGCUCUAUGAUGUGUUUUGACACUUCCAGCUGUACUUCCUGGAUUGAGAUGCUGUUUUCAUCUGCCUGUUUUUGUUUAGUUAUAUACAACUUAACAUAAAAAUGAUUCUCUUCAUUAAUAAGUUGGUUUAACUCUUGAGUCUGGGACCAUCCUUUGUUUCCCUAACUAACUAACAUGUUUAAAAAUCAUGAGAGAAGGCUCAGUGCAAUGCCCACUCUAUUUAUUUAGUAAUAAUAGUUUACAGUGUACCCAUAUUUUGCACAAAUUAUAGUCACUGGAUGAUACUUUGGCCAUACCGUAGUCCCUUCCCCCUAACAAAAUAAAAGGGUAUUUUACAAAAUACCUCAAAUUAUAUGUUCUCUAUUUGUUGUUGCAGUAUGUUAUUACUCAGGUCUGAUCUAUAUUUUCACUCUGAUUUUUUGGUAUGCUGAGAAUUAUAUCUGCUUAUACUCUCCUUUUUUCACCUUGAGCUAAUCUUAUUGUGUUGCCCAUUUUGUUGGGCAUACAUUUGUGUCUGUUUCCAAUAAGUUGGAAUCCUUCUGUACUAUAUGUCGGUGCAUCUAUUCCCUAGAAGCUAGAAUGAUGCAUUACCAAUUAGGCCAAAGGGAAUAGGUCCACAAUCUAUCAUUUUUCUAGGACUUAAAAUGAAAAAGAAAAAGAAAAGAAAAUUGAUCACUGUUACAAGUUUUCUUUAACUAUUUUAAAUGAAAAAGUCUUGUAUUUACAUGGUUCUUUAUCCUGCUUUAAGUCUCUAAAACGGCGUGAAAUUAUGAGACAUGUGCUUUUACACCAGCCAAGACAUAACAAAAAUGUAGAACGUUACGUGAAGGUUGUAAUGGUAGUGACAUCAAGUUGGUUAACACCAAACGUGAAGAAAAUUCACGUUAGCAUGUUGGAAAUGGAAUCCUUUCUGCAGGUGAUGGGAUGGGGCCACUGCCACUGUGGACCGACCAUUGCUUCUGUUGUUGGUUUCUUUCCACUUGGUUGGUUUCUUUCCACUUGGGAGAUUCCAAAAAAAGAAGAGUUAUGAGUAUCAUAAAGUCAACCAUUUAUUCCAGUGAUUAAAAUAAUUUUUUUUAAUUAAAAAAACACAUUUGGUUUGUUGAAAACUAGGUUCAUUUACCAUUGAACUUUUCUCC